AUGGACGGCCUCGAGGCUGUGGUGGAGCGGCUGGAGCGCGUGGCGGGCCGCCUAGAGAAAUUCGAGGGGCAUGUUGGCGCUGCAGGCGCAGUCAUCUCAUCAGGUGCAUCGACACCCAUCAGUUCUGGUCCGGCUGCAACCAGUGCGCCAAGCUCCCCGGCCCCCAGGGCGUCAUCCUCUGUGGAGGCGUACGACAUGCUGCUUGUGCAGCAGGUGGCAAGGGUCGUGGUUACGGCAAAGAAGAUUGGCAGGGAGGGGGAACUAUGGCCCAUCGACCAACGUGACCUGGUGGUAGAGGCCUCCAAGCUGUUUGAACAGGCCUUCCAGGAACUUAGACGAGUCGUGGAGGCCAUGAGUGCAUGCAAGAGGCCAGCACUACCAGACCUGCAGAAGCUCCUUGCACCUGCGGGGGACCUGCUGGUGUCGGCCACCAACAAGGCAGAGCACUGCAGGUCUGCAGCCAACAACCAUCUCAAGAUGAUCGCAGAGGGCCUGCAGGCCUUGACGUGGACAGCAUUCACAGGCAGCGGUCCGUAA